UGACUCUGAUCCAGACCAACUGGACCUCCAGCAGAACCUCCGCCGUCCUGUCGGGACCGGUCCAGCAGGGGGCAGCAUGUCAGCAUGCGCCUCCUGCUACCGUAGAAGAAGAAGCGAAAACAAAACAAAGAAGAAGAGUUCGGAGCCGUUCCUGAGGUUGCCAUGGAAACUGCUGUUGCCACGGAGGCGGAUGCAGGCGUUGCCGGGGGGAACCAGACUGAGGUCCAGCCUUCUGACAAAGAUCCACCACAGCCCCGGCGCCGGCCCGUAGGAAGGAGGGUCCAGAGAGCGAAGAGGCGGGGCCCCGUGGAAAAGAGGCGGGGCCAGAAGCAGAAGAGGCGGGGCCAGGAAAAGAAGGAAGGCGUGACGGUGAAGAGAACAUGGGGCGGGAAGCGGCGCUGGGAUAAGAAGCACUACUGCGUGUUCUGCCGCCGUCCACAGGUGAAGAUCGCCCGCCAUCUUCUCAGGAAGCACGCCGAGCAGCCUGAGGUGCUGGCUGCCAGCGCCCUGCCCACCGGGUCCAAACAUCGCCACCUGCUGCUGGAGCACCUGCGCUGCAGAGGGAACUACCUGCACAACAUCGAGGUGAUCCGUCAGGGCCGCGGUGAGAUCGUCCCAUGGCGUCAGCCCUCAGAGGAGGUGGACGCCAGGAACUACCUGCCCUGCCCCCUGUGCCUGGGCUUCUUCCUGCGCGCUGACCUCUGGAAGCAUCAGGUGACCUGCAGGAAGAAGCUGUCCAUCGACUCGGCAGAGGAUGGCGCCGACCCGUCUGUCCCUGCCUCAGGACAGUCAGCUGACCCAGCCUGUGGCGAUAGUUCUGGAGAGGCCCCGGACCCGAGCUCUGAACAAGACGACACUGCGGCCAUGGUCACUGACCCCGAGCCGGAUCAGAACCAAAACACAGCCCAGAACCAGCCUAAGAAGCGGGCCCGGGUCCAGGCGGCGGCGUCCCGCCUGCUGCCCAUCUCCGGCGGUGCGUCAGAGAGCUGCAGCGAGAUCCUGCACCGCAUGAACCAGGACAGCGUCUCCCACGAGGUGAAGUCCGAUUGGCUGAUCUGUCGCUACGGCAACAAGCUGAUGGGGAGCCAAGACGGCAGCCAGCGGAGCUAUGAGUACGUCAGCCAGAAGCUGCGGGAGCUUGGACGCCUGCUGCUGGCAGCCAAGUCUCUGGACUCGCAGGUCCGGUCCCUGCAGGACCUGCUGGUUCCGGGUCGGCUUAGCCUGGCGCUGUCCGCCGCUAAGAAGGCGGCCGGGUACCGCUGGAGCCGGCCCCCACUGGCGGUGAAGACCACUCUGAAGACGGUCUGCGAGGUGGCCAUCUCUGAGAGUCUGCAGGACGGAGACUGGGAGGCUGCCGCCAGAACCACCGACUUCUACCACCUACUGGGCCGGGAGUGGGACAACCUGGGCCUGCAGAACCCCCGUCCAGAACCAGACGGAGCCAAGGGAGGAACCAAAGCCAAGAAACGAGUCGACUCGUUGAGAACCUGCAAGGACCUGAGACCGGAUGUUCUCUCCAGGUUGGGAACCCGACCCGAAGUCCCCGUCAUUCUUCCAGAAUCCAGACCUCUGAACCUGCUCCCAGCUCCCGGGUCUCCCAGGAAGGUUCGGCGCCGGCCCUGGUCGCCUGCGGAGAAGGAGGCCAUCUGGAGGCAGCUGGGAGUCCAUGUUCUGCUGCAGACGGUACCGGGGAAGGAGGUCUGCCAGCGCUGUCUGGACCAGGAACCGGUCCUCAAAGGGCGGCACUGGAAGGACAUCAAGAACCAGGUCCACAACCAGAUCCAGAGCCAGAAGAAGCAGCAGUUCCAUGCCCAGAUGGACCAGGAGGAGAACCAGAACCAAAAGAAGCAGCAGCCUCAACUGGACCAGCAGAACAAACAGCCCGCCCAGAACCAGAGCGACCAGAACUCUCAGUACCAGAACCAGGAAGCUGCUCAGAACCAGAAGAAGCAGCUGGAGCAGCAGAACCAGGUUUACCCUCCCAAGAAGCAGCUCUUCCAUCCCAGACUGGACCACCAGAACCCCUGUGAGGUCCACAAGAAGCAGCUGUACCAGAUGGACCAUCAGAACCAGCCGCUGCAGGCCCAGAACCCGUCAGUAAUGCCGCUUUCUCCUUACGGGCCCGAUGGCCCGCUCCGAGCUCACGGAACCUCUCUGUUGGAGCGGGAACCAGUUGUGGGGCCGUACCCGGUUCUGCACCAAGCCCCGGGUCCACACAUGGAACCGCUCCUCACCAGAACCGACUGGACUGCUGAGGCUUUGGUCCAGAACUACCAGCUCAACAGGCCAAUGGACCGGAACCUUCUCCAGGAGGUUGGACCAGGAGGACCGGACCCACAUUCAGGACACGUCCGGUUCUGAUGGACUACAGCCAGACCACAGCUCCACGGCAGGAACAGAUCCGAAAAGAACCAGAUAAACUGCAGCAGAGGACGGAAGAAUGGUCUUAACUGGUUCUGGAGUUUGGACCCAGUUGGAGCUUUGGUUUCCAGAACACGCAGCAGACAGAGGAUCCCUGAACCAGAACUGGACCAGCACUGCUGGUAAUGCUCCAGAACAGAACCACUGUCAGCCAGGAGUGUGACUUGGUUCCUAAACCUUCAGAGCACCAGUUCUGCUUCUUAAGCUGCAGGGUCCAGAACCACCCUGGAUGCUCUGUAGAACCAACCACGGGUCUAAAACCAGAACUCACCAGAAGGUUCUUUCACCGGUUCUGAAUAUGAAUAAACUGUAACAGAACCGGUCUGAAUCAGUCUAGUUCCAGAUAGAUCCUUGGUUCUGAUCCAUACCCUUGGUUCUGGUCAAGAUCCUUGGUUCCAAGUCAGAGCCUUGGUUCUGGAUCACAGCCUUGGUUCCAGGUCAGAGUCUCGAUCCUGGAUCAGAGCCAUGGUUCUGGAUCUGACCUUUAGUUCUGGUUCAGAUCCCUGGUUCUGAAUCAGUCUUGUUCUGGAUCAGAGCCUUCGUUCCAGAUCAGAGCCUUGGUUCAGGUCCAGAUCCCUGUUUUCUGGUCCAGAGCUUUGGUUCUGAAUCAGACCUUUGGUUCUGGUCCAGAUCCUUGGUUCCAGGUCAGAGGCUUGGUUCUGGUCCAGAUCCCCGGUUCCAGGUCAGAGCCUUGGUUCCGAAUCAGAGCCUUGGUUCAGGUCCAGAUCUCUGGCUCUGGUCCAGUCCCUUGGUUCUGGAUCAUAGCUUUGGUUCCGGGGCUAUGAACCAGGUCAGUGGUUGGGUUGGUUGAAGCAGGAUUUUGUGUGAGGCCGGUACCAAAACCAGGAGAGGCUGGUUCUGAUAAAACAAGCAGUACAUUUCAGAAAUAAAGUGGUUCCUGAAGUUCUCC